CCCUCGCGCCGGCCUCCCUGCGCCCUCCUCGGCCCUCCUCGUCGAGGCCCCCCAGCCCGGCCCUGGAGACAGCCGGCUUGGCGCGGCUUUGGAGUCUGCAGUCCACACGCCUUGUGGCGCAGCUCCUCGGGCUGGGCCCGCGGGGGGCUUUCCUUCCUCCGAGCUCACCGUCCGGUACCGACAGGCUAGAGACGCAGACGCCUGUAGAAUCAUCGCUGCGAAGUGACACGUGAGACGCCAGUGGUCCUUUGCGUAUCUUCCUAGACGGAUCCUGGCUCAGGCCUGGCUUGGAAUUGCAGCCUGUCCCCCAGCCCAAAAGCAAACAGCAUCAUGUGGCUGCGAACCACUUCAUUCACCCCUCGAUGCCUCCCAGGAAAAAACGCCACCAGCGAUCCCAGAAAGCCCCGCUGCUAUUCCACCAGCCACCACUGGAGAGUGCCAGAGGCCACUGUGCAUCUCCACAGCGUCCGGUCACGCACACCCGCCAGGUGCCCAGCAAGCCCAUGGACCACAGCACCCUCACCUCCUGGGUAUCCCCUGAGUUUGAUACAACAGCAGAAAGCUGCCUCCCGGCCUGCCGGAAACAUCGCCAUGGCCAGGCGAGACAGUCGAGUCGAAAAUCUCACACCUCCAAGUUCCCACAUCUGACUUUUGAGAGUCCACAGUCUUCCAGCUCAGAGACACGGGGAACCCCCUUCAUCAGCGAGUGCCCCAGUCGGUCCGGAAAGGCCACUUCCAGAAGACCCUUAGUUCCUGUGCUCAGUCCCCAAAGCUGUGGGGACCAGUCAACGCACACGCUUCAGGGUGUCCCUUAUGCGUUCAUCCCGCCUGACAUUCAGACCCCAGAGUCGUCUUUUGUGGAGGAAGAGCCCGUUCCCCCAGAGCAGAAGGAAAACAGCCCCCCGAGAGGCCCCCUUCACACCAGUACUCCCAGCAGCCCAGAACCUGGACCUGUCCUGGCUGAAGACACCCCUGAGGACAGGUACGGGGUAAAGGUCACAUGGAGGAGACGGCGGCACCUGCUUGCCUACCUCAGGGAGAGAGGGAAGCUCAGCAGAAGCCAGUUCCUCGUGAAGGACUGACUGCCUCUCGGCAGCAGCCUCAAGACGUCGACGGCUGAUUUUCAGAGCUGCGGACGUCACUUUCCUGGUUUCCAGAAGAGUAUAUCGAGAGAGUCAAGUGGGAAAUAACACCAAUAAGAAAGCCAUACUGUAGCUACGCCUUGGGUCAUAAGGGAAUUCAUUCCCAGGUUUGCUUUUUAAGAUACCUUGGGUCAUAAACAGUUGAGUUUACUGUCA